AUGGCUGUGGGUGUAACUGUGGGUGUGACUGUGACUCUGGGUGUGACUGUGGCUGUGACUGUGGGUGUGACUGUGACUCUGGGUGUGGCUGUGACUGUGACCUUGGUGUGCGACUGUGACUGUGUUUGUGACUGUGACUGUGGUGUGACUGUGACUGUGACUGCGACUUUGGGUGUGACUGUGACUAGUGUGGGUAUGACUGUGACUGUGACUGGUGUGACUGUGACCAUGGAUGUGACUGUGGGUGUGACAGUGACUGUGGGUGCGACUGUGACUGUGGUUGUCGGUUUGACUGUUGGUGUGACUGUUGUGACUGUAACUGUGAUUGUGACUGUGACUGUAACUGUGAUUGUGACUGUGACUGUGGGUGUGACUGUAACUGUGAUUGUGACUGUGACUGUAACUGUGACUGUGACUGUGGGUGUGACUGUGACCGUGAUUGUGACUGUAUCUAACUGUGACUGUGACUGUAGGUGUGACUGUGACUGUGAUUGUGACUGUGACUGUAACUGUGACUGUGAUUGUGACUGUAACUGUGAUUGUGACUGUGGUGUGACUGUAACUGUGACUGUGACUGUAACUGUGACUGUGGGUGUGACUGUGACUGUGACUGUGACUGUGGGUUGUGACUGUUUGACUGUGACUGUGACUGUGGGUGAGACUGUCAAUAUAACUGUGACUGUUGAUGUAUGA